ACACGUUUUGCGGAUGGAACCACUUCCUCUGUGAACUCUCGAAACGAACGCAAAAGCCCUCGCGAGAGCCUUGGAAUUUCCUCUUUGAACGGAACCUGCUUCCAAGAUGUCUCUGGUCAUUCCUGAGAAGUUCCAGCACAUUCUUCGUGUUCUCAACACGAACAUUGAUGGUAGGAGGAAGAUUGCCUUCGCCAUCACAGCAAUCAAGGGUGUUGGCAGACGAUAUGCCCAUGUUGUCCUGAGGAAGGCUGAUAUCGACCUCAGCAAGCGGGCUGGAGAACUGACCGAUGAUGAGGUCGAGAGGGUAGUGACAAUUAUGCAGAAUCCUCGCCAGUACAAAAUCCCUGACUGGUUCCUCAACAGACAGAAGGAUGUAAAGGAUGGCAAGUACAGUCAGGUCCUUGCUAACGGUCUGGAUAACAAGCUGAGAGAGGAUCUUGAGAGGCUGAAGAAGAUCAGGGCUCACCGUGGUCUCAGGCAUUUCUGGGGUCUGCGUGUGCGUGGCCAGCACACUAAGACCACCGGUCGUCGUGGUCGCACUGUUGGUGUGUCCAAGAAGAAGUAAACUGUCUCCCUGUUCCCCAUGUGUCAAUAAAUGCCACAGUUCACACA